ACCACUGGGACAGAGGUAGGUUUCCAAGUUACGCAGAUUUCAGGGUUUCUGGACUCUCUAUCUCUCUCUCUCUCUCUCUCUGGCUCGCUAAAAACGUAAAAAUGCCACCUUUAUCCUCUCUCCAACUCCGCCGUCUUCUCUACCAUUACUGCCUCCCUUCACCGCCAGCACCACCACUAAUUACUAAAUUAGCUUUCUCUUCUUAUUCUGCCCCUACCCAUUUCCCCAAAUUCGCAUUCUUACCACUUUCUCUCUCUAAACCCUUCUCCACUCAAACCCUAAACCCUAAUAACAAUGUCCUAGAAGAUCCGAAUCCCAUUGCCCAAUCAAUAUCAGCAGAAUUAAUCAAAAACCCUAAUUCAGAUUCUCUCUCAAUUUUACAAAGGCUCAAUCUUCAUUUCUCUCACAUCAACAAUUCAAUCACCCCUUCUAUAAUCUUGCAAACAUUAAAUCUCUCUCCUGAUGCUGGCCGUACGGUUUUAGGGUUUCACCAGUGGCUAGUUAAAGUAGCCAACUUUAAGAAUACUGAUGAAACGAUCUCGUUUUUCAUUGAUUAUUUUGGAAGAAGGAAAGACUUUCAAUCUACCCAUGAGUUACUCUGUGACAGUAAAGAUGUUAUUGGGUAUAAAUGUUUUGAAUCAAUGGUUAAUAGGCUUGUCCGGGCUGGUAGGGCUACUAAGGUUAUGGGGUUUUUUGAUAGGAUGGAAAGGGAUUAUGGGUUUAAGAGAGAUAGAGAAAAUCUUAGGUUAGUAGUGAAAAUGUUGUGUGAUAAUGGGUAUGCUAGUUAUGCAGAGAAAAUGGUGAAGAAUUUAGCUAAUGAGAUUUUUCCUGAUGAGAAUAUUUGUGAUCUGUUGAUUAAAGGUUGGUGUGUUGAUGGGAAGCUUGAUGAGGCUAAAAGAUUAGCCGGGGAGAUGUAUAGAGGUGGUUUUGAGAUUGGUACAGUGGCUUAUAAUGCUAUUCUUGAUUGUGUUUGCAAGCUUUGUAGGGAAAAAGAUCCUUUUAAAAUAGAAUCCGAGGUAGAGAAGGUGCUGGUGGAAAUGGAUACUCGAGGUGUUCCCAGAAAUGUGGAGACAUUCAAUGUAUUGAUUACUAAUUUGUGCAAGAUGAGGAAAACUCAAGAUGCAUUGAAUUUGUUUAACAGGAUGAGGGAAUGGGGAUGUGAUCCUGAUGACACUACGUUUCUUGUUUUGAUUAGGAGUUUGUAUCAGGCAGCUAGAGUUGGUGAGGGGGAUGAGAUGAUUGAUAGAAUGAAGAGUUCUGGUUAUGGGAAUAAGCUUGAUAAGAAGGCUUAUUAUGGAUUUUUGAAGAUUUUGUGCGGUAUCGAAAGGCUUGAGCAUGCUGUGAGUGUGUUUGAGAUGAUGAAGGCAGACGGAUGUAAACCAGGGAUAAAGACCUAUGAUUUGCUGAUAGGGAAGUGGUGUACACGUAAUCGUGUUGAUAAGGGAAAUGCUCUCUUUAAUGAAGCUUUGAGAAAUGGGGUGCCAGUUGCGCCCAAAGAAUAUAAGGUGGAUGAGAAGUAUAUGAAGAAGCCAAAGGCUGUGAAGAAAGAGAAGAAGAGGGAGACGUUGCCUGAGAAAAUGGCAAGGAAGAGGAGGCGUCUAAAGCAGAUAAGACUGAGUUUUGUAAAGAAGCCCAAAAAAAUGAUGCGUCGACCUUUCUGAUCUCCAUUUGUUUCUGCCAAGUGGGAUUGUCAAGGGGUAUGCCAAUUUUGCCUUUGGAACUGCAGUAGUUUGAUGAUGUUUUUCUUUAUUUAAAGUUCAUCAUUGGCAACAGUAGGAAUAAGUUUUUGUUUCAAGCUUAUAUUUACUGCAAAUAACAUGACAAUUGUACUGAAUUUUGAAAUUGAAUCAUUUAAUUUACAUGUAAUCCAGAUGGUACGGGAGUAA